AUGAUUUAAAACUAUGUACUGUCAGUAAUCGUGUUUGUCAUUUUUAUAAUGUCAAAUCUUGACAAGUGUCAAGUCAAUACUUGUCAUUACUUGUUGUGACUGUGAUGUGAUGUGUGAUUUUGAGAUAACAAUUUUAGCGCGGAACAGGCAGAAUUUGCAUACAAUUUUAGAAAAAUGAUAUAAUAGCCUGUAUAGUAAAUAACUCGAAGAUAUAAAACAUAGUACAAAAUGGAUAAAGAUAAUCGUGUGGUUGUGCUCAUCGACAUGGACUGUUUUUAUUGCCAAGUUGAAGAAAAACUUAACCCAGAAUUGAGUGGAAAACCUAUAGCUGUAGUGCAAUAUAAUCCUUGGCAAGGCGGCGGAAUCAUAGCAGUAAACUAUGUAGCUAGAGCCCGCGGAGUCACUCGCCACAUGAGAGGGAAGGAGGCCAAAGAAAAGUGCCCGGAUAUAGAAUUGCCGUCUGUACCCUGUCAGAGAGGCAAAGCUGACAUAUCCAAGUAUAGAGAUGCUGGUAAAGAAGUAGCAAGAGUACUGCAGAAGUUCACACCUCUUCUAGAGAGAGCUUCCAUUGACGAAGCUUACCUAGACAUCACAGCUCCGGUGGAAGCGCGACUGAAUACUCUGAAUGUUAACUCGGUGCAUACUGAUAUGAUGCCCAACACCUUUGCCCUUGGUUAUGAUAGUGUGGAUGAGUUCUUGGCUGAUGUCCACUCAUGUGGCUUUGAGAAUAUUGAGUUUGACUAUGAACAUGCCAAACGGUUGCUUGUAGGUGCUGUUAUUGUCAGCGAGAUUAGAUCUGCCGUUUACGAAGAAACAGGUUAUAGAUGCUCAGCAGGCAUAGCUCACAAUAAAAUUCUAGCGAAACUAGUAUGUGGAAUGAACAAACCUAAUAAACAGACUGUUCUCCCUAAACAUUCUAUUAAUUUAUUGUACAGCACAUUGCCAUUGAAGAAAGUGAAACAUCUUGGAGGAAAGUUUGGUUACACUGUCUGUGAAGUAUUGAAAAUAAGCAAAAUGGGAGAGCUACAAAAGUUCACAGAAAAGCAACUGCAAUUAAAGUUUGAUGAGAAAAAUGGGACAUGGCUAUACAAUAUUGCGCGAGGAAUAGAUUUGGAACCAGUUCAAGCAAAAUUCAACCCUAAAAGUAUAGGAUGCUGCAAAAAUUUCAAAGGAAAGGCGGCUCUCCUCAAGUUGGAGACUUUGCAGAGGUGGCUCAAAGACCUGGGCGACGAAAUAGAAGACAGAUUAGAGCAGGAUGCAAUAGAAAAUAAUAGGACACCAAAACAAAUGGUUGUCAGUUACUCUGUGCAGGUAUCGGACAAAGAUAUAAGUAGUUCCCGAUCAUAUAAUUUUACCCCUGAAGAUGAACUGUGUGGUGAACUAUUUUCAAGCAAAGCUUUAGAACUUCUUCUGGAAAGUUCUGAAGGAAUCAAGAGUAAAGAUUGCACCAGUAACAUGAGGUUAAAAGCUCCAAUAAAAUUCUUAGGUAUCAGUGUUGGAAAGUUUGAAGACAACACAGAAAUAAAGAAAACUAAGAAAAUAUUAGAUUAUUUUGCAGCUGGAACAUCUAAUGUUAGUGUAAAACCUAAAGAUUGCACACAACAAGAAAAGACAAUGAAUGAAACCAGUGAUAAAAUGAAAUCAGACUCUAAGAACAUUGGCAAAGAUUACAUAAUGCAAAAAUUUUUACAUGCAUCACAAAAACCUCAAGUAUGUGAAAGUAUACAGAAAGAGAAUGUUGAAAAAGUCAAUCAAACUAAUAAGCCAGUUCUAGAGUCCAGCCUAGACAAGCAAGAGUCAUUUUUUGCUAAAAUAUUGAACCAAAACAAACAACCUAACAUUAGCAGAGUGCAACAAUCUGAAGUAGAUCUUCAGAAAAUACGACCAACGACGCCAGUCUGCGAUGUAGUCGCGUGUGGGGAAAAUAGCAAUGACUCGAAUUAUUCAGGUUCAACAAUUAACGAGGAAAUAAACAAUAGUGUGGCUUUGUUUGAAGAGGACCCUACGAAAGUGGCUCGUGUUAAAAGUAUUAGGGAGCUGUUAACUAGCUCGCGAAUAAAAGAUGAAGAUGUCUCAGACACCGCAUCGGAACCUGAUCAGAAAAGUAAUGAAAUACCGCCAAUGGCGCCUCGAAAUGAAGUGCCGCAAAUGAUGUCUCGAAAUGAAGAGACCUAUAAAUGUCCUGAUUGCAAUAAAGCAAUACGUAUCACCGAAGUUGCUGAACAUUCAGAUUUUCAUCUUGCAUUGAAGUUAAGAGAAGAGGAGAGACAACAUGUGCGCACAGAAAUAAAGGAACGAAAAGAAGUAAAAUUGAAACAGAGCAUGGAAUCCAGAAAGCAACAACAGACCACAAAACCUGAAACUGCGCCUGCAUCUUCUAUAGCUAGCUUUUUAGUUAAAAUUGAUGACAAUAUUCCAACAGAGAUAUGCUCAACCUGUGGAAAAAAGGUGCCUAUGGAUAAGUUUGCAGAACAUCUAGAUUUCCAUGAAGCUCAAAAACUAAGUAGAGAACUAAAUAAGAAAACCAGUCCACAGUUCAUUGGCGGUAGUGUAAAACGAAAACGGAAAUCCAAUUCACCAAUAAAGAAAAAUAAAAUGCCAUGCAGGCCAAUUGACUCGUUCUUUAGAUGACAUAUUGUGAUAUAAAAUGAUAUUAAUAAUUGGAAAUAAAAAUUAAAACACA